AUAUUAAGUUAAUCAUAUCGUAGAUCCCUUGUAUUUAUCUUUACUAUACAUCCCGUUUCGGUGGUAAUGUACUUUUCUGCGAUUCUGUACAAUUGUUUUGAUACCGGUGUUGUAACUUCCAUAGAAAUCACACAUGGAGUUUAAAAUCUAUCAUUAAAUAAAUAUACCACAUAUCCGAAUGAAUGUAAUUGGAAUAUCGUAUCUUGUUUGGUCACUACCUUUAAUUGUAAACGCAGCAUCCGUAACAUCAGAGGUGCCUGAAGCUGUAGAUCUCGCGAUCAGGGAUACUUACAAUGCUUUGUUUGUCGAGCUAUCUGCUCUUUCUUACAUGAUACUUGCAAAGUCAAUGAACAUUGCGGAUAAUUACAUACCGGGGCGACAACAAAUUAGAGAACUCAAAUCUCUAAAGGAAAGUCUCACAGAGACACUUGGUGUAAAUGUAGAAGUUAUUCCUACCACUAGUAAGAAGACCGUAGGCAAUAAUUAUGGCACUGGUUCUAACACACAUGAAAAGUUCACCAUCAAAAAUGACAGAGACAUUGCUGAUUUGGAACAGGCAUUAAAAAAGGGUAUACCACAAAUCAAGAAAAUCUAUGAGCUCUGGAAAAAUGUUUUCUAUGCAAAUGUGCCUUCACAUCUAACGAGUUUUUCAAAGGAAGGCUCGAACUUUUGGGCAGUUGAUGCAAAGAUUUUCUAUGAUUAUUUCAAGAUAUGGUUUAUGAACCUUGGUAAAAUUCACAACCAACUAAAGGUGAGAAACAAUAGAGUAACGCCUUCUGAGAUGUUUGCAAAGUCGAUUUAUCUCAAAGGCUUAGGUCAUAGCAACUCAUAUGAUGGACUCUGCGAUGCGUUUGCUAAGCCUGCGUACGCAAUGUUCGCACCUAUAUCGUUUAGAAGUGAUCACAAUUUCUUAACCAAAAUGGUUGAGGAUAUGAAGGAACAUUGCAAUAACUCUUGCUCCCGUUCUUUAAAAUCAUAUAUGGACAUGUUCCAUCUGUACACAAAAACAAUCAAAUCAUUUAAAUAG